AUGUUACAACAGGAAACGAAGCCCACAGCCCAGCUCCAGUCUCUUGCUACAGAACUCCAGUCUCACAUACUGAGUUUUCUUCCUUACCAAGAUAUUCUUCGAUGUACAUCCGUAUGUAAGGCCCUCCGCCAGACGUACACAUCGUGCUCCGAGCUUCAGUACAUCGUUGAGCUUGGCGGUCAACGUCUCCUCCCUGUCCUCAACACUUUUGACAAUCGCACUUCUAUUUCCGAGCGCCUACAACUUCUAAGGGAUAAUGCUCACGCAUGGUUCAACUUUGAUAUCCACUCUUUUGAAUCAGUCACCAUACCUGUCCAUAGCAAAAUGUGGGUUGUCAACGGGCACCUUUGCCUAUGGGAGCGACAUCACGACUCGACCACAAUUUUUCCAAUACUACCGAAAUCUUCCCAAUACACGAUCGAGCGUGAUUGGUCCCUGAUGUCGUUGCGUUCAGAUCUCAAUGCAUAUGGCUUUGAUGUACUCAUGGAUCCGGGGCAAAAUCUAAUGGCUGUCGUUUAUGCCACUGUCGAUGAUCAUUCCCAAUGGGAUGAAGAGAGGAUCUAUAUCAACCUCGGGACCCUGGAUGGAGGAGGUAUCCACCCUCAAGCCAUUGGACGGACAUUAUUUCGGUCAGAGCUGCUUGGAAUGCCGAGUGGUAAUCGCACUUCAACAGGCUUGGGGAAAUUAAAACUCAAGUGCUUCGGAAGACAUAUCGCUCUGUGGCAAUCCCGACAGAUCACUCAUGAAUAUUUUGACGAGAGGCUAUGGGGAUUGCAGAUUUGGGAUUGGCAGCACUCAGCAACGUCCAGUUGCGUCCUGAGUUCCACAAUAAACCCAGCGUGUGAGGACGCAAUCGAUUUUUGUUUCCUCGGAAACGACAGAUUGCUUGUUUUCAGCGAUGACAUUAAGCUCUAUUUGGUCGAGGACACGUCCCAAGCGCCUCAAUUACUGGCGUGCUUCUUGCUGCCUGUAUCACUAACGAGGAUACAGUGCAUAUACUCGAUGGAUGGUAUUGCACAUAGCUCGCAAUCCCAGAUACUAGCCCAACAGACGAUGUGGACUUUGGACCCUGAACGUCAACUACUAUCAGUUGUCACAUUCUCUCCGAAUCUCAUCUUCAUCGUCUCCACCAGAAUUUUCUUUGAUCUCGACUUGUUUGAGGGAAUGCUAGAAGCAAUACCGUGGAAUAACUGGGGUCCUUUAAAUGCUCGUGUAUUCCAGGUACCGAGCCGUCACAAUAUUUCCGUUGGUGGAAAUCGGGUUUUGUUGGCAUCUCCUGCAGAUGACGCGACCGGCAUUUGGUAUUUCCCCAAAAAGUUUAGAUUGCACGUGAUGGACUUCACCCCGUUAGCUGUGGAGCGUCGAGAAGGUUUGGGACGAGUUGUGAAAGAGCCAUCUACGAUAGAAAUCAAUGAGUCACGGACAGGGGAGGGCCUGGCGGAGAGCUUAACGACAUCCCUCCCGUACGUCGAGGUUGUGUUGGAUCAGGACAGAACAUUUGGAUAUCGUGGAUUCGAAAAGAUGUGGAUUGAUGCGGAAAGAAUUUACUUUUAUCAUGGAUCGAAUCAGCUCGAGGUCAUUGAGAUAACGUCAAGUGCUGCAGUUGCAGCGAACUGUAUUACAUCGUCAAACUAG